AUGAGGAAAAAUCGUCUGUUUGAUGUCCCAUUCAAGCCACAGAAGGACUUCAUGAAGUUACCCCGGGGAACCUCUGAGGUUCUGACCUCAAGGAGACAAGUUGCUGAGGGAAUCCAGGGAAUCACCAAGCCCGCCAUUCGCCGUCUGGCUCGCCGUGGCGGCGUGAAGCGUAUCUCCGGGCUGAUCUACGAGGAGACCCGCGGUGUCCUGAAGGUGUUCCUUGAGAACGUGAUCCGUGACGCCGUCACCUACACCGAGCACGCCAAGAGGAAGACCGUUACGGCCAUGGACGUGGUCUACGCUCUGAAAUGCCAGGGACGCACCCUGUACGGUGUCGGCGGUUAA